AUGGAUUUCGAAAACCCUAGCCAUCUUCGUGCCGCAGCACAGAAGCUCCGGUCGGAAGAUGAUCCCGUGAAAGGCCCUAUCUGGGUGUCGAAAUUCACCAUUCCCAAGCCCAUCAAAGAUACAUCGCGGGACCUUCUCCUUGCGCUGAUUGAUAUGCUCAAUGAUAAACAUGUCCGCUACGACCGUCCAGACUCUCAGCCGCUCAGCUUCGAGUGGGUCGGACUCCGCAAUAAUGUUGGGAUGGACACGCCUCAGCCUUCACUGUCCGAGGUGGAAACGUUCCAGAGGCUCAAUUCGGAGACCCAACGUCCAUUGGCCAUUCUCUACCUCUACGGGGGCACCUUUACGCUCAACACUCCAUCCUGCUAUCGCAAAACAGCCAGCUUCCUAGCUAAAGCAACAGGAUCUAAAGUCUUGAUGGUACAUCAGCGUCUGGCGCCGCAGAAUCCCUUUCCAGCGGCCCUGCUUGAUGUUUUCCAAGCCUACCUGACGCUCCUGGCCCCUCCUCCCGGGUCUCCACACGAGGCUAUUCCGCCAUCAUCGAUUGUGGUAACGGGUGAUAGCUCGGGGACAUGUCUUGCCCUGAGUCUGUUGCAGAUCUUGCUCCGACUUCAGCGUCAGGAAAAGUCAAUUGUCUUCCAUGGGCAGACCAUCCAGCCAACAGUGCCUGCUGGACUGACUUUAGUCCGCCCGAUAACCGAGCUUACCAACUCUCUUCCCUCCUACGAGCGAAACAUGCACACCGAUAUAUUCCCCGUUCCCGUCGAGAAGCUACCAUUCCUGCAGCCUGGCUUUCCCACCUGUUCGAUCUGGCCGACUCAGCCUCCGCGCGCAGAUCUGUACUGCGAAGCCGGCAUGCUAGCUCACCCAAUGGUCAGCCCGGCGGCGUCAGAGGACUGGUCGGGAUCAUGUCCCAUCUGGAUGGCAUCUGGCCAGGAGCAAACCAUUGAUGCAGCGUUGUUGAUCGCGCAGGUGGCCCAUUCUCAGGGCGUCUCCGUCACCCAUCAGGAAUACGAGAACAUGCCACACACGUUCUUCUUUUUCUUUCGCCAUGCACCGCAGACCAAGAAGCUUAUGGGAGACUGGGUACAGGCUAUCCUCCGGUUUUCUCGGGGUGAAAAGCCCGCUUCGAGCGCCAGUUAUGUUCAGGCCAAGGGCUUGGUGGUAGAGCCAAAGGAUAUAGAGCGAUUGGUACCUUUCAGUGUAGCCGAGUUGCGGGAGCUCAUGUGGAAGAAGACUUUCGGCUUUAAAGUUCCUCUUUUUCAUCGAGAGGGUCGGGCCAGUCUGUAG